CCGCCCGAGCAGAGGCUGCGGAGCCGGCGGGGCGAUCGCAUUCUCGCCCGCCGCCGGGCAUGGAGGGCGACGGAGCGGCUGCCCCCGGCCCCCCCGGCCCCGAGCAGCCCUGCGGCUCCUCCGGCGAGGCGGCGGCGGCGGCCCUCGGGGAGCCGCCCGGGGGGGCUCCGUCCCCGGAGGGAGCGGCGGCGGCGGCGAGGAAGCAGCAGCAGGGGGUGAAGAGGCAUCACCACAAGCACAACCUGAAGCAUCGCUACGAGCUGCAGGAGACCCUGGGCAAAGGCACCUAUGGCAAAGUCAAGAGGGCCAUCGAGAGGUUUUCUGGCAGAGUGGUUGCAAUAAAAUCCAUUCGUAAGGACAAAAUUAAGGAUGAACAGGAUAUGGUUCACAUCAGACGGGAGAUUGAGAUUAUGUCAUCCCUCAGCCACCCUCAUAUCAUCACCAUAUAUGAAGUGUUUGAAAAUAAAGAUAAGAUUGUGAUCAUCAUGGAGUAUGCAAGUAAAGGCGAAUUGUACGAUUACAUCAGUGAGAGGCGGCGAUUGAGCGAAAGAGAGACAAGACACUUCUUUCGACAAAUAGUCUCUGCUGUACAUUACUGCCACAAGAACAGUGUUGUCCACAGGGACCUAAAAUUGGAAAACAUCCUUCUUGAUGACAAUUUUAAUAUUAAGAUUGCUGAUUUUGGACUCUCCAACCUUUAUCAGAAAGACAAGUUUCUACAGACCUUUUGUGGAAGCCCACUGUAUGCUUCCCCUGAAAUAGUUAAUGGUCGACCCUACAGAGGUCCAGAGGUUGACAGCUGGGCCCUUGGUGUAUUGCUUUACACUCUGGUUUAUGGAACAAUGCCCUUUGAUGGUUUUGAUCACAAAAAUCUCAUCAGGCAGAUCAGCAGUGGAGAAUAUCGUGAGCCAACACAGACCUCAGAUGCUCGUGGUCUUAUCAGAUGGAUGCUGAUGGUGAACCCUGAACGCCGAGCAACCAUUGAAGACAUUGCCAACCAUUGGUGGGUUAACUGGGGCUACAAGAGUAGUGUUUGUGACUGUGAUGCCAUGAGGGACUCUGAGUCUCCAUUGUUGGCAAGGUUCAUUGAUUGGCAUCACCGUUCUACUGGCCUCCAACCAGAGACUGAUACCAAAAUCAAGUGCCUUUCUAAGCCCAAAGGUCCUGAAGUCACACUAGAGAGACAAAGGUCUCUGAAAAAAUCAAAAAAGGAAAAUGACAUUGCACAGUCCAUCCAGGAGGGAGGAGCUGAAAAUGCAUCCAAAUCCACCUCCAAGAGACCCAAAGGCAUCCUGAAGAAAAGGAGCAACAGUGAACAUCGAUCUCAUAGUGCAGGUUUCAUUGAAGGAGUGGUCAGCCCAGUGUUACCCUCUGCUUUUAAGCUGGAGCAAGAGUUAUGUAGGACUGGUGUAGCUAUUAAAAGUGUUGUGGAGGGAGAGAUAGCAGUCAAAUAUGGCACUAAGCAGUCUUCAUUAAUGCCAAAAAAAGGAAUUUUGAAGAAGACUCAGCAGAGGGAGUCUGGUUAUUACUCCUCUCCAGAACGAAGCGAAUCUUCUGAACUCUUGGACAAUAAUGAUGAGGCAGUUAACAGUGACACUUCUCCAGGGGUCACAGAGCCACCCAGAAAUGGGUCAUAUGGCCAUUCCUGCAGGCGUAAGGGCAUCUUGAAACAUAACAGCAAGUAUUCUACCAGCAGCACUGAAUCUGCUUUGAUUAGCCCUGACACACCGACGCUGGAGGCCAUGGAAGAAACUGUCUUGCCUGGGGAUGCAUUACCUCGAAGUUACAGUCGCCCUUCCAGCGUAAUUAGUGAUGACAGUAUUUUGUCCAGUGACUCCUUUGAUUUGCUGGAUUUGCAAGAGAACAGGUCAAACAGACAGAGGAUACGGAGCUGUGUCUCUGCUGAAAACUUCCUCCAGAUCCAAGACUUCGAAGGACUUCAGAACCGCCCACGGUCACAGUAUCUAAAACGUUAUCGCAACCGUCUUGCGGACAGCAGUUUUUCCCUUCUCACAGACAUGGAUGAUGUGACUCAGGUCUACAAGAAAGCUCUAGAGAUCUGCAACAAGCUCAACUAGCAGAGGGAAGGUGGAAAGGGAGGGAAGGGAGUUUUUCUGUGUACCUUUAUGAUGGAGUAAGCCAGGUCACUGAUUUGCUGACAAUUGGUAGGUUUUGCUUCAAAGGAGCUGAGUGUACCUACUUAGCUGAACUCCUAGUAAAGUAGCCCCAAAGCCAUCCCAUCCUUCUCUAAUUUUGUGUCCUCAAAAUGUUACCUCCCUGAGCAGAGAAAAACCUUUGAUCUUUGUAUACGUGGUGAAAGUACAUCAGGAUCUAGCAGACAAAAACAUCAACAUUUGAUGGCUCGAAGUCAAAAACAGAAUUAAAACUGGAAGUGAGGGACAUACAUUUUGAGAGGCUUGUAAUGAAUGUUAUAUUAACUUUAUCACGAGAUGAGCUGAAUUCUGGAAGUCAAAUUUGGUUGUCUUUUAGAAAGAGAGCUUUUAGUUCUCCCUGAAGUUAUUAGUCUGGAUGCAGUCCUUACACAUUGGGGAUCUCUGGCUUGCAUUACGCAGGAGGCCAGCCUAGGUGGUCACCAUGGUCCCUUCCACCAGGGUGACCUGAGAGAUUCUGAGCACAUUCUGGGACAGAUAGUUUGAGAGAAUCAUCCCAGAAUAACCUCACAAGCAGGCAUUCAGAUCUAGCCCCUUCCACAGCCAUUGUUCUUCAGUGGGCAAGGGACCCUAAAAGUAUUUCCGAUUACCACUCCUACCAGCAAAAAAAAGCAGUCACAGAAAUGGUAGCGGGAGCUGGAAGGAAUGGGUGUUAUCAGCAGCUAAAUGACCUUUUAAGGCAUUUCAAACCAUGGAUUCAAUUUGUGACUCUUACAAAAUGGCCAACAAGAUGAACGCCCAGACAAAGAUGAUCUAACAAAGGGUCUCAAUGGUUAACUGACCUUCCAAUCUAGAGUUCAGUUGCUGUCAGCAAAUGGUGCCACCUUGCUGUUAGCUUAUAGUAUUUGAGGGUGACGUAUAGUUUGCAACCAGAAUGUUAGGUAAGGAAAAGGUUGUAGCACGUAGGAAAUGGAUAGAGGUCAGAAAGUUAGUGGGAAGAUGCCUUUCUCCAAAUGAAAAUGUUUCUAGGUAGGUAGUAAUGGAGCAGAAAGAUUUGAGCGUUGAAAUGGUAAUGGUAGAUUUGAUAACAGAGUAAGAAUAAAUUGUGGGCCUCUCUCUAUACAGUGUAGCUGGUACUGUGUGUGCAAUCGAACCAGUCUGAAAAAACCCCGAGAAGGAUAUGAGUUUGUGUUCUCAGACAUAUCUGACUAUCCAGACUGAAGGCUUCGACUCCCAUAAAGGUACCACAUGGGUCUACUGGAUUACCUGAAUGUAAGCCUAUGUCAGAAAGGCACUGUGUGUUUGACAGGCCUGGGCAAACUGGAAUCUUAAGGCCCAUUUCAGUCUUAUUUCCGUAAGCAUAUAGUCCCUAACUUUCUUGGAGGUGCGCUGGUGUGAAUAAGUGGCAGUUUUCAGGCUAUGAUGUCAAAUCAUCCACAGCUGCAAAAAUUAACUCCAUUUGCAUAUCCAGAGCAGAAGUGAUUGGGGCAAGCUCUGUUCUCACUCCUGCCCUGUAACUGGAACUGAAAGCAGAAUUUAGCCCACUGUGUCCCAAAUCCUCGAGAUCAUGUAGAAACUGAAUAGAGUUCCUUUGGGGAUUGCCUGGGAAUCUGGGAUAACACCAUAAAUCAUUGACAUUUGGGACAGGGAGCUAUUUCACUUGCAGAACCCUUAUUCGAUGUAUUGUGGUACUUAAGUCUGCCGAUUCCUCCUAAAAAUCAACUGGGCUGCCUAGCAUAAUGAUGAAUGAGCUUGAAUUUACUAAAUCAGUUAAUCUGCCUCUGUGGAGAACCUUUACGUAUUGUGAAACACUGGACCAAAAUUGGCCCUGGGGUAAACGGCAUCAAUACCAUGUAAUCUAUGAGAGAUGUGCUCUCAGGUAGUCAAGUGAAAUUUGCCUUACUGCCUAUCUGCUCAGGAAGGGCAACUGCAGGUCAUUUCUCUACAGAUGUGUACCCCUGUAAUAUUCAGGUGUCCCAUCUUCUCACAGGCCCUGCGUGUGCUGUUUUAGCCCAUCUGAACUCAACACCUCUUUUUUUCAGUGUAUUUAAUAGAUAAAAAGUUUGCUGUGGUGCAUAUUAAAACAACUUGACAUAAUCUCCCUGGCCUUUCUGAAGCAAGGAUGGGCUUUGCAGCCACGUCUUAUAACUCACGCCCUGGAGCAUAAGAACCAGGUCCUCAGCUGGUGUAAAUCAGCGCUGUCCCGUUGACGUGAUGGAGCAUCACAUCAGUGGGUUUACGCUGAUUGACACCUUCCCUGCAGAUCUGGCACUAAACCUUGAAUGGAUUUAUAGAGGUUUCAGGACAAAGGGAAGGGAAGUUAGCCAGCCAUGGCAGGGAAGUGAGGAGCACCCCGAAGGCUCAUAUCUCCCGAGGCUUUUGCCCAGGCCUGCUUCCUUGUGUACAAAUGUGAAUGAGUGAGUGACUGCUUGCUGCCAAACUGGAAAUGUUAAGUAGGGAUUUACUGGCAUGUUACUGGCAUGUUACAUGUUUACUGGCAUGUUAUCAUUCCUAGAAGAGAAGAAAAAAAAACACUUGACUGCACAUUGUUAUUACUAGUGUUGUGAUUUUAUUUAAUUUUUUUGUAAUACAAAGUUGACUUUUUUAUUUGAAUUUGUCUUUUUUUUAUUUAUUGGUCUGAAAGCCAUUUCAAAGGUAUAAUAAUAUAUUUGGUGUAAUUUAAUUGGUGCAACAUUAUUUUACAGCUCCAGCCAAAAUUGUUUGGUGUAAUUUUUUGGGGUU